GUUAAAACCCGUGGUGUGGAAGGAGCCUUAUAUUUCCAUCCAUGCUUAUUAUUAUCAAAAAAAUACUAAAUUCUAUCGUGACUUGGAGUUCAUAUAUUCAACAACAAUCAAACGCUAUCCAAGAUUAUAGACCACAUACCAUCAACAAUCCUUGCUCCAGGCACACUCUCUCAAUUUCAUCAUUCGAAACGAAAGCUACCUCUACCUGCAGACAUCGGACAUUUACGAGUUCCGACACCGAGUUGCAGUUGAAGGUUGUAGUUCCAGUUUCGGUGUUGCGCUGUUGCGCAGCGAUCAGUUUCAGUGUCGCUGUCGUAGAGGAGGGACUUAUCGGAGUGUCCGCAACUACAAACCUGCGCGUAACUUUCGUCAAACCAGAGCAAUUAAGAUGGCGAUGCGAAUGUGGACCCAGGAAGAGACUAGGUCUCUCAUCUCCCAUUACAAAACAUAUCCCGAGCUGUGGGAUACUACGCACCCGGAUUACAAGUGUAGAAAGAAGAAGAUGGAGGCAUCGGAAAAAUUGGCGGUAAUCUUCAAUGCGACACCGGCAGAGAUCAACAGAAAAUUGCACAAUAUUCGUACGCAGUUUCACAACGAACGUAGGAAACUGAAGAGAAUGAGGAGCGACCAGGUUGGUGCCCGGCGAUACCAUACCAGCACGUGGGAGUAUUUUUCAAGUUUGACAUUUUUAUUGAAUAGUGAAUCAGAGUCCAGUGAUAUGAAGGAGAUCCCACUUGUAUCGCCAAUGGUUAACAAAAGUCUGAUCGCGCAGCAUUCCAUAAUCACCCCUUACGCCAUCAUCAACCCCAAUCAACAACGGAACGGAACGGUAAUCCCCAGGCCACAAGAAGAAGUUCGAGACCCAGUGACUUCGAAAUUGCUCAAGUCCGAAAACGACGAGGUCACUUUUGGCAACUUCGUGGCAUCUGCGAUACGUAAUUUGAGAUCCGAGGUUCGUAGGAGACAGUUGAAACGUAAGAUCCAACAGGCUAUUCUCGAAAUUGAAGAAUUAGACGAAGCCGAUCAAUUAUUAAGUCAUCCUUCUGCCGCUGAUGCUGCAAAGGUCCAUUCGCCGUGGGACACUGGGUCGGAAAAAAAGGAGACAGGCUGGCCAUCUCCUGAAGUCAAAAUAGAAUACGACGAAGUUGCAUUCUUUAUUCAAAGUAAGGUGACAAAAUUUCAUUAUGCCAGGGCAGAAAAAUAUCUGGCAGCGGCCCUGUCCGAGAACCCAGCGAUCAAACCGGGCUAUGCGCAUGCGUCAGGGACUAGUCGCGGUCGUUUCGCUGUUGCGCGGGAAUCUGGAUUCAGUUUGGAUUUCAGUGUGGUAGAACGUAGGCUCUUACGUUACGUCGUCAGCAAUUUUCGCCUUCCACACAAAUUUCAUCUUGAGUCCAGACUGAAUACGAUGCAGAGACGAACUUGGUCCGAGGAGGAGACGGAGUCUCUCAUUUCGUUUUAUAGAGCGCAUAAAGAAUUAUGGCUCAACAGGAGAACCAGAGGUUACGAUCGAGCGAAAAGAGCGGCCACUCAUAGAAAAUUGGCGCAUAUUUUCAAGACCACUCCGACCGAAAUCGAUAAAAAAUUGAAGUCUUUGAAAUGCGGAUUCCUCAAUGAAUUGAGGAAAAUGAAUUUGGGGAAUGGUUAUAUUACUACUUGGGAACAUUACCCGAGUUUGAAAUUUUUGAAAAAUCGGAACUCGAAGAGUCCAACAAGAGCGUCUUCCGUUGAAACUCCAAACCUUGACCAAAGUCAACCCCAACCAUCAAAUACCAUCAACCCCAACUCCAUCACCUCCAACUCCUCAACUGCAGAAAGCACCCCGCAAAAGUCCACGUUAGAGGACCAAGCAAACUCGAAACCGUCCAAAUCCGAAGACGAGGAGGUUUUUGGUAACUUUGUGGCUGCGGCAAUACGCAACUUGAGGUCGGAGGCUCGUAGGAGAGAGCUGAAGCGUAAGAUUCAACGUGCUAUCAUUGAAACUGAAGAAUUGGACGAAGCCGAUCAGUCUGGCGUUUUUUCUCCUCCAUCUCCAAUCACCAACACGACGAACGGAACUUUGGAUAUAGAGAGCUCACCUCCGGAAGUUAAAAUGGAGUUCGAGCAUAAUUUUGCCUUGUAAUAAUGUGAUUCUCGCCAGAAUACACAACUGGACGAGCUAUUUUUGUUAAAUUACGUGAUAAAAGUGAUAUUGACCUGAACUUAAUAAAUAUUUUUCAAUACGUUU